AUGGCUCUGUCCCAGUCCCCCGCCGAGAAGACGGUCGAGAAGGUUGAGUCUGACCAGAUCGAGGAUGUCGAAUACAUCAAGGAUAGUCAAGCAUUGCAUCUGGACGACAGUGCUCAGCGUGCCUUGGCCAAAAAGGUGUUGUGGAAACUUGACACAAGGUACCGAAACUCGUGUGUACGUCCAAGCAGAUCAACGACUGACUCAGCGUUACUCCNNAGAAUUCUUCCUGUGCUCGCCCUCUUGUUUCUCUGUUCGUUCCUCGAUCGUACCAACGUCGGCAACGCCAAGAUCCUUGGCCUGCAANAGAGCAUCGGCAUUGAUGAUCAUCAAUACGCUGUCGGAUUGGCCAUAUUCUUCGCUUUCUACAUUGUCAGCGAACUGCCUAGCAAUUUAGUCCUCAAANAAGUCUCUCCACGAGUAUGGUUGCCAUGCCUCACCUUCGCAUGGGGUGUUGUUGGCAUGUGUCUCGGCUUCAUUCAGAACUAUGCUGGAUUUCUUGUCGUACGUGCCAUGCUCGGUGUCACUGAAGGCGGUCUGCUUCCGGGCAUGGUCUUGUAUCUCUCGGGCAUGUAUACGCGCGGAGAGCUGGCACUGAGAAUUGGACUUUUUUAUACUACGGCGAGUCUUUCGGGCGCUUUCGGUGGUUUGCUCGCUCGAGGUCUUUCAUCUAUUGGUUCUACUGGUGGUGUGCACGCAGGCUGGCGAUGGAUUAUGAUCGUCGAGGGAUUACUGACAGCCGUAGUGGGCGCUGCGGCCUAUUUCCUGCUUCCAAACAACAUCGCGACAGCCAAUUUCCUCACCGAGGAAGAGCGCGAGUUUGCGUUAUAUCGUCUCAGCAAAGACUAUUCGUUUGGUCUCGGUCCAGGCGUGACAGCCGAGCCAGAACGUUUCCGCUGGUCUGAGGUUCGCCGUGGAGUGUUGGACCCAUCGCUUUGGUUUUCAGCAUCUGCUUACUUCGCAAUCCUCUCUGGACUCUAUUCGUUUGGUCUAUUCCUACCCACCAUCAUCGCUGGCCUCGGAUACACUGCCAAUGAAGCGCAGCUGUGGUCUGUCAUUCCGUACGCCGUUGCGGCCUGUAUCACUGUUGUUGCGGCCGUAGUGUCCGAUCGCCUCCGUCUUCGUGGACCAGUAAUGCUAUGCACACUCCCAUUGGCCAUCAUUGGAUAUGCUGUCAUUGGAAAUGUCAAGUCAAACCACGUCAAGUUUGGUAUGACCUUUAUGAUGGCAACAGGACUUUACGCGAGCGUACCUCCUGUCCUGGUUUGGAUUUCGAACAACUCUGCUGGCCACUACAAGAGAGCAACGGCGACUGGUCUCCAACUUGCCAUUGCCAACUGUGGCGGAUUUGUCUCUGGUAACCUUUACGUACAGCAAGUCAGAGAAACCACAAUACCACAAGUCCCAUACCACGGUUCUCGGCCUGCUCGUGUUCGCUUGGUUCAUGNNGUACUCUUCAAUGUCUUGUACUGUCACAAGGUCAACAAGGAUAAGAAAGCUGGCAAGUACGACCAGUACAUUGCAUCGGGGGACGAUCGUGAUCCAAGUUUCAAGCUCAUCCUGUAG